AUGCGAAAUCCAUCAAUUCGUGGACAAGUGGAACGAUUUCCACGCCAUGAAAACUAUACUGUGUAUAAUGAAGUUUAUCGAUGCCUGUUACCGGAGCCAAAUCAACCAUUGGCUGACACUGUAAUGCAGCCGUCAGCAUCCAUAUCCACUGCUAUGAUGCGUUGUGAAUUAGGCAGAUCAGCUAGUGACCGAGAUCAGUAUCAUUGCAGUUUGUACCGCUUGCUCCGCGUCAGUGUUAUGGCCAAAUUAAAUCGGUUGUGUGAGAAGACAGCACUCGGAAGUGUGCGAAAAUUUUCGCAACAGGUACUUCUGAUUAAUCGCAGAAACGAACGCUUCAAGUGGAGUGAUGUGUUAUGGUUACAGUUGCAAGUGGUAGUUGCUGGGAGGCAAAUGAAAUCACCAAGUGAUCAAAUUAAAUCAACUCGUGAACAUGAUAAGUAUCUGAUAGCUGAACGUGAAAAACAAAAAGUGGUCUUGGAAGAAAUUCGAAAUUUCCAUUUAAACGAUAGAAAUGAGGUGACAUGUUUAUCACCUGCAUCACCGUCUACAGAGAUCUUAAGUCAAAGAUCACUUAAGGAGAAAUUGAAUGCAGUCAAGGAUAUGUUGGAACGUUAUGAAAAUUUUGUGGCACUAUAUCCUAAUAUGCAUAGCAUGGAGCGAUCAACAAAUAUGGAUGAAUUGGUCAAAACUCGAAUUCAAAUUCUUUACGCCUGGUAUAAUAUCACGAUUGAUUUGUAUACCAGGAUAAGAGAGGUUGGUGUGAUCCUAGGUAUUUACAAAGAUCAUAAUUCCAAUGGUCGCAUUUCACUUUCUCCGAAUGUUGCACCAAAAGAUAGCGCUAUCAACGAUUACUUGAUUGCAGGACUUUCGUGGCCAUCAUUAGAUAGUCCUAUUGAUGCAAAUGAAUUCUCCUCAUCACCACAAAAUUUAAAUGAACCGGGUGACGCUUCAAGUCCACAAAAUCUAUUAUUAAAACCUCAUUCAAAUGUGAUUACAUCAGUAGACUUUCCUGUAUUACGUGAACAACCGUACAAUAUUUAUACCGCUUUCGUUUCACGUAGUUUACGACGUAAAGGUAUGCGAAAGAUAUUGCAGCGCUUGGAUAGCGUUUGCUUUACAACCAUAAAAAAGACUAUUGCAAUGUUGGAGAAAUCACCAAUUACUUAUGCAGAAGUAGUGGAAAGUGGGAACAGGCAACGGUUGAUGCAUUAUACUAUGGUAUCGCAGAAGCAGAAACGAGAUUUACCACAGAGUUUGACAAGUCAUCAAGAAUUUUUAAUGAUGAAAUUGCCAUCAUUCCAGGAUCUGUUCUUGUUUUUAGUGCGAGUACCGCUUGAUCUCGUUCACGAGUGGUUAAAAAUGCGUAGAUCUGCACAACUUCCAUCUGACUUGUUAACUCUACAAACGGUAAUGGAAGACUGCCACGAUUGUAUUGAGGCUGCAGUUGCUGUGAAGCAUCGAUUUGUAUCAUUGGUACAGUUGGCUGGUGUUGAUAACAAAGUGCUGUUUGGUUUCCUGGUACCGUUUGAGGAUGAAUUGGCCGAGGUUUUUAAGAGCUACCUUACAUGCAUUCGUGACUGGGUACAUGGAGAAGUCACUACUGAGGGAAUGAGCGUCGAAUGGACUGAACGAGUUAUUCAGAAUCUGACGUCACAGUGGUCGGUGGCGAGACGUUUUGCUGUAAACGUAAUUUCUGGUGAAAGUGAAACAGUGCAUCGAUUUUGUAUGAUUGCGGGUGAUUUAAUGCGCAAAAUGGUCAAUGACUAUUUGCUAGAAAAAGAAGAUCUGAUGGAUGAAUGCAGAAGUAAUUUUGAGAAUGCUUGUACUGAUGGUUUGCAAGAAUAUGACGAUUUGUCGCUGCGACGGAAUGCAUCACAAAUAUUCAUUACGUGUAGGCAUUUUAAAUCACUGGUUUGUCAAAUGAAGGAUCGUUCCUUGCGGUCGCUUGCAUUCACUGGGAUGCUUCUGAGGGAUAUUGAAAUAUGUGCCCUCUAUAACUUAAAGUCUGCUGACAUGCAUAGCUACCUGUCUCAGUUACUUAUUUCACAUCAUUCACAAGUCGUUAUUUCCAAUGAUUUAACAAAUAUAAACAGUAACUACGUGAUGUUUUGUGAUCAAAACGCAUCAGAAAAUAUCGAUUUCCUUCGGAUAUUGCUCAACAUUACAUGUUCUCGUCAUCGUGCUGAAUUACCAAAAGAUGUUGUUGAUUGCAGCGGUUACUUGUUGAUUAUUUCACUUCGAACAUGUUUUGUUGAUUUUUCUCAAGAAAUGUGGAGUGGGACACGUUUGACGAUCGAUCUUGAUGCGGAUACUGAACUUUCCUUGCGCUAUUUUCAGUUAUCGAACGAUGCGUGUCUGUUAGCAAUCAGUGCUCCCUCAUUACUAAAAAUGAGAGAAUUAUUUAUUCGAAAUAUGACAGCAGGAAAUGGUUUCAUGUUUGAAUUGCUGGAAGAGCAAGCAUCUUGUCAUGAUAUCGUCAUUGAGAGCACAAAACAACUCAGAGAACUUGCGUAUCGAACAUGCCAAAUGUUAUUUGACGAAUUUGCUGGUAAAAUGGUUAGAGAUGUGUUAGAUGGACAAGAAUUAAGUUCUCUCGAUAUUAAUGAAUUAGAGUCCGUUCGAGCUACACUCAUACAAGCGUAUAAUCUUGCUUUUGAGUACCAUCGAGAAUUCUAUCGAAUAUUACCGAAACAGGAUCGUCACUCUUUUGCCUGGCAAACGGUUUGCUGGGCAAAGGAUUGGUUACAUUUUGCAUUAGAAUUUGUUAAUCCAGGUGAUGGAACUGUUCCACUAUGGGCGAUACAGUCAUUUCAAUUUUUAAUAUUGGCAGCAUGUCCUGAACUAACUGUAGCAUUAACAGAAGAACAAUUUCAGACUUUGGUGAAAAUUGUGGAUGCAUGCGUCGCGCAUGUUGUGGGUAGCGGUAUUCCAGAUUCAGUGCUGGUGAAUGGAACGUUCUUCGACUGUGAAGUGGACAAUACAAGUUCCCGUGGUCGUACGGAAUCUAAGCCGUAUUCUGUGGCAGAUGCCACAGCUCGUUCUCAAAGAAUUUCCAAGCUGUUGCGUAACAUCGAUGAAAGGCGUAAUAGACAUUUAGAGGCGGACAACAAGAUUGGUCGAAUAACAGAAGGUGGUCGAAGAGCAUUGACAUUAUCAACAUAUUUUAAUCCGAAAAAGCGAGCACCAUUUGAAUGGCAACGACUAGAAAAAAAGAUUGGAUGUGGAAAGUUUGGUACAGUAUAUUUGGUGAUGAAUUUAACUGAAAACUGUUUGAUGGCUAUGAAACAAAUCCGUAUUGAACGAAAUGAUAAGGCAUUGCUGGCUUUAGUUGAUGAAGUGGAGAAUUUGAGCUUAUUGGAUCAUCCAAAUUUGGUUAAAUAUUAUGCAGUAGAAGUUCAUCGGGAAGAAUUGCUUAUUUUUAUGGAAUACUGUUCCGAAGGGACACUUGAAGAAGUAUGUCGUGAGGGUUUACUGGAUAUGCGAUGCGUUCGGCGAUAUACACAUUUCUUGUUAAAAGGAGUGGAAUAUAUACAUAUGAAAAUGAUCAUUCAUCGAGAUAUAAAGCCUGCAAACAUAUUCCUCGGAAAGAGGGACGUUUUGAAACUUGGCGAUUUUGGAAGUUCAGUGAGGUUGAAGGAUGGUACAACAGCUUGUGGUGAAGUAGCUGAAUGGGUUGGUACUCCGGCUUAUAUGGCACCAGAAGUACAGACGCUUGGUGGACGGACAGAAAUGAACGGUAAAGAGGAACUUGUUGGAUAUGGCAGAGCAGCUGACAUUUGGAGCGUUGGAUGUGUAGUUCUACAAAUGUGUACGGGCAAGCCUCCAUGGCAUGAAUGCGAACAAGUACUGCAAGUUGUUUUUCGUGUUGGUAGUGGUAUGAGACCAACAAUACCGCAAAGCUUGCAAGCAGAUUUGACAUGUUAUUCAUUUUUGGACCUGUGUUUCCAGGUCGAGCCAAGUAAACGAGCUACGGCUGAGCAACUUCGCAAAGAUCCAUUUGCUGAUAUAAAUGUUUGUGAAAGUUGUGAUUCGCGAAGUUGA